CGUCCUCGUGGCCCUCCUCGCCGCCACCGGCGCCAGCGCCCACGGCUACAGCCAGACCCCAUCGCCGACGCCUGGACCGGCUGCCAAGUGCGACAAGGUGAUGCUGAAGGUGGAGGGCGUGGUGUACUGCCAGAGCUGCACGCACCGGAACUCGUGGUGCCUGGACGGCGCGACGGCGCUGCCGGGGGCAAAGGUGACGGUCACCUGCCGCGACGCCAAGAACCGCGUCAUGGCGUCGCGGACGCCCGUCGCCGACGGCAAUGGCUACUUCCUCGCCGAGUUCGACGUCGCCGAGAAGGCCGACUACUACAAGGGAGACCCCGCCAAGGCCUGCUUCGUGCGCCUGCUCGCGUCGCCGGACCGCAAGUGCGACGACCUCACCAACGUCAACUACGGCAUCGAGGGCGCGCCGCUCCGCCACGAGGGCAAGCGGUGGUCCGGCAAGGGGUACGAGAACGUCGUGUACGCCGCCGGCCCGCUCUCCUUCAAGCCGGACACCUGCGCGCCCAGGGGCCACUACUGAUUCGUCCGUUGAUUUGAACUGCAUGUACGCGCGCGCGUGCGUGCGUGCGCAAGCUAGAUGCGCCUGCGCUGCUGCUUUGGAGUUGAGAAAUUUGUGGAGCUUGAAGGCUUCAUUCAUGUGGCUUUUCUUUUGCUUCUGUUCUAUUUAUUGAUAGAAUAUUUUUUUGUUAAUCUCUUCCUUGGACAAGUCAAGCAUAUCUUUUUUCACUUCAAACGCAUUAUACACACGGGUAGCGCAUUCUCAAAAGGAGGUGGUGCAUUUUGAUUCGUCUUGAGAACUAGUGGUUGCGGCCCGCAACGCUUGAGAGAAAGUUGUAUGCGUGUUUCUCCAUAUUAAAGGAAAAAUAUCACUCACCUUUAUCUCAAAAUAAAAAUAAAACUUUCUCGCAUCACAUGAACAUCACAUCCAUCUCAAAAAGAAAAGAAAAUGC